GAAUUAUUCGAGUUACGACCAGUCUGGCCAUUCACUGUAGAAGGGGAGACAACUAUAAUUUGUCAACAACCGGUAAACAAGUUUUGUAGUUGGUCUUAUGUAAUCAGGAUAGAUGUAAAGUAUAUUCUACCAACUUCAAGUUUCCUGGAAUAGGUGUAUGUAUUCAUGUAUGCUGUAUGUUAACAGAUUGAUAAGAUCCCUGUUCAAGAUAUUUAAAAUGUCAGAACAACAGGCAAUAUCUGACAUGGAAUGUCACCCUCUGAAGACUUUGGAGGAAGUAAGAAAUUGGACAGAUGAGGGUAUUCCAAACAAGAUGAAGCAGGGUACAGAAUGUUUAAGAGAGAGGCCCCACACUGAUGAAACAGUACCAAAAACACUUGUUUGUCAUGAUAUGAGGGGAGGAUACCUUGAAGACAGAUUUAUCCAGGGUGACAAGAAUGAGAGAAGCUAUAACUUUUACCACUGGCAGCUGAUUGAUUCAUUUGUUUACUUCAGUCAUCAUUUCAUCACCAUUCCACCAGUCACAUGGAUAAAUGUAGCACAUAGAAAUGGCGUGAAAAUGUUAGGAACUUUGAUAACAGAAUGGAAUGAUGGGUACAAAAUAUGUGAAGAAUUUUUAGCAUCAGAGUCCUCAUACCAAGCACUUGCAGAUCAAAUGGUCAAAAUUACACAGUUUUACAGAUUUGAUGGAUGGCUGAUAAAUAUAGAAAAUAAAAUUGUGGAAGAAAAGGUUCCUUGUUUAUGUAAGUUUGUGGAAUACCUAACAGUGAAGCUACAUGAGACUGUACCAGGAUCUGAAGUGAUAUGGUAUGAUAGUGUCAUUAAUACGGGAGCACUUACGUGGCAGGAUGCACUCAAUGAUAAAAACUGUAUGUUCUUUGAUGUUUGUGAUGGUAUUUUCCUGAAUUACAACUGGAACUCAGAAAAGCUACUCAGUUCCAUGGCUCUAGCUAUGUCUAAAGACAGACCUCGUGAUGUUUAUGUUGGAUUAGAUGUAUUUGGUCGUGGUUGUUUGGGUGGAGGUGGAUUUAACUCCAUUGAGGCAUUGACAGCAAUAAGGCAGUAUAAUAUGUCUGUUGCCAUAUUUGCCUUUGGAUGGGUGUAUGAGUGUUGUGGUGUUGACAACUAUAUUGAUAAUGAAAACAGAUUUUGGGAUUUAUUGAGUGAUUUAUGUCCUACUUCAGUCUGGACGAAUGGUAUUCUGUCAUCAUCCUUUUGCAUUGGAGCAGGGCGUAAAUUUUAUCUCCAAGGAAAUGUCUGUAAUGAGAAUCCUUGGUAUAAUUUAAGUUUACAAGAGGUUCAGCCAUAUUAUAGGAGGAAACAGAUAGUGAUAGCUCCUCAGGAACUCCCUGCUCUGGAGCCCUGUUUUGAAUGUGCAUAUUUAGGAGGAUGUUGUUUUAGUUACAACGGAGAGUUACCAUCUACUGGAAUUCCACAGUUAUUCAGAUUAUUUGACCUUGACUGUAAACCUAAGGAGUCUUACAUUGUGAGUUACACUUACAAAACUAAGGGAGAUAAUGAAGUAUUUCUAGAAAUAGAAAGUCAAAGACAAAAUGAAAAGAAAAGUUUUAUAUUUUUGUCCCAAACUGAACAGAAAGUGCAGCUACCAAAUAUUAGUGACAGUGACACAACUAAUGAUUCUAUCGAAAAGAAGAAGCCAAGACUAAGUGGUAAAGUGAUUGUAAAUCCCCAGCCUGUUGAGAAUGUACUGAAGGAAUGUCUUAAUCAGAUUUGUCUUCCAGCAAAGGAUUGUGAUUGGACUUCUAGGUGGUAUAUACUGGAUAAGGAACAGAUAGAAGACUUUGCAUUAACCUCAAUAUUGUGUGGAUUAUCAUCCAAAUCCUCUCAAAAGGAAAUCAUUAAUAUAGGUCAAAUACAGUUGUUUCCAUUAUCUCAACUCAGAAUUCCAAGCAUUUCCAACAUAGAAAUCUCAACACAAGCUGACAGUACCAUAGCAGUAUCAUGGGAGUGUAGCAAUCCAUCAGAUGUCAGUUACUACAUUGUGUACCUAGACAAUAUAUAUCUUGGAAGAGCAGCUUCAACUUAUUAUUUUCUUGAAAAUCAAAAGGCUGAUAGAACAUCAUUUAUUAUCAGUGUUCAGGCUGUUUUGAAUAUUGGACUUGUUACAAAUCUUAAAAAAUCUGAAAAAUUUAAUGUAAAUAUAGAACAUUCCUAGUAAAUUUGUAUCUUAUUUAAUAUAAUUUUUUUGUAGAGGGAUUAAAAACACUAUAAUACUCAAAUAAUUUGCAGACUAUUUCAGUAGAAGAUAGAUUCCUUUGAUAUUAGUAUUUACAUUAACAUGGUUCAACUGUGGGAGAUAUUGGGAAUUUCUAAAUGUUCAAUAAACUAAUCCUACCACAUUGUUAUGUAUCAAUCCAAGGCUUUGUUAGUGUUUAUCUUUAAAGCAGAAUCUGUUAAAUUCUUAGUAACUUGUCAUUUCUAGUGGCCAUAAAAAUUUUACUAUAUAGUAUCAUACUAUACCAUUCUGCUCCAAUUGAAGACAAUAUGUUGUCUAACACAGCUCUUUUCAUAAUUUAGGGGAAUAAAGGAGAAUCUCUCUUAUC